AUGGCGCAACCCGACGCCGAGCUGCCUGGCUACGUCGCGCGCGCACCCAACACCAUGGAGCACCGCUAUCAGCUCGAUGACAGCAAGGGCCGUCCGUGGCUCUGGCUAGCCGUGAAGAGCCGGUCCAAGGACGCGAAGCAGCUCCCUCUGUUCUUCGAACACGAUACCAUAUCAGGCACGGUCGAGGUGGAUCUCGAUAAAGCGGAAGGUUCCAAGGGCGUGUUGAUUUCGAUUACCGCAGGAGUGACCGCAGUGGGCCAAGAAGAGAUCAAAUUCCUUGACGUUUCCUCCGACCUAUGGGACGCCAAAUCCGCGCCGUCGAAACUGAAGGGAAAGCAGUCAUGGCCUUUCACCCUCACACUACCAGCAGAAUGCAGCAUACUCGAGCGAAGCAAGGGGAAGCAACCGGAACAAUUCUACCCUUUACCCCCGACAUUCUCUGAGCGUGCAAGCCCAGCGUAUAUCGAUUACAAGCUCGUCGUUACGGUGCGCAAGAGCGCGUUUCGUGUCAACCAAACGUUAGCCACGACUUUCGUGUACAUGCCGAUCACACGAGCCGAACCUCCGUCCCCGCUGCGCCAGCUCGCGUACCGGGAAGGAAGCGCGCUCAUAGGGCCCGAGGGCGACCCAGACGGAUGGAAAGUAUUGCCUUCCGUCACUAUAGCAGGCACGAUCUUCGGCGCGCGGCAGGUCGAACUGCAAUGCACAGUCGCCGUGUCCACACCCCUCACGUACGCGCUCGGGAGCCACAUACCGCUCCUUGUCACGCUCUCGGGGAGCGACGAGCAGGCGCUCGACCUGCUCUCGACCCCCUCUGCGUUGCGGAUGCACCUGGUCCGGGUGCGCUCCGUCGGCUCUCAUGCGACCCAGGAGGACGCGGUCGGGCGGAGCAACAACGUUUUCCGUGAUAGCGUCGGCACUGCGUUCUUCUGGCCCUCCGACGAAGGCGCACCGCGCGCAGGCACGCGUGUACUGAACGGCGAGCUGGAGAUCAAGAAGGCCCUCAAGCUCGGGUUCGUCUUCCCCCGGUUCUCACUCCGGUAUAUGCUCGUGCUCCUUCCGUUCCAGGCACCCGGGUUCUCGCCCGCAUCGCCCGCGGGCGAGGCGCUCCUGAGCGAGCGGGUGUCUGUCGCGAGCGCGAACGCGCCAGGGGUCGUGCCGCGCUCGUAUGCGCCGCCGGGGUACGUGUCCCCGGAGGAGGGCGACUACAACACUGCGGUUGGAUACCUCGAGAACGGCAACCAACGGUUCUAUAACCAUCACGGCUUCCAGUAG